CGUAAUUGGAGAGGUGUAAAUACUCAAUUUAGCACUGCAGUCGGGCACUUCAAGUCGGGAGUGCAGUUCGAUAAUCUGAAGGUUUCCGCCUUGAACGACGCUUUAAUUAUUUAUACUGUCACAGAUUUAUGCUACGAAGAUUGAUUCCUGGCAAUAAAGGCACUUGAAAGUAUAUAGAUACUGGUAUCUCCACCAGCCAAAGCGUGCCCCGACUUGAUAUGCGUGACAAGUAAACACCAUUACCCCUGAAUGUCAGAACUGCAAUGAAUUUUUGAUGUAUUAGCCGGAAUUCAGUCCUUUAAAGUCGCUCGACUAAUGGCAGCGUUUGGUUUGCCAGUUGUUCCGGUUCUCAACACCUGUCAGAGUCAAGGCCCACGAAAUGGGAAUGUGAAUUUGGUAAAGGAAGUUGUUUUGGAGACAACCAUGGAACCCCCCACCAAGUCAGAGGUUAAAGCCCUUACGUAACGAGAUUGGAGGACGAGUUAGUAGCCACAAGUGCCUUGAGAGUGCCUGCAGACUUUGAACCCUGACCAAAUAGUGCCUUGGGAGCAAAUCCCUGAUUGGAGAACCCGACAUGUCGGGCAAUUACCAGCGCCAGAGCCUGGAGCUCCGCAGUCCGGAUCUUGGAACUAUGGGCGAUCCUGAUGGACGUUUGCGGAAUCUGUCGGGAUCUUCGGCCAGCCAGCGCCGUCGGCAACAACGCGUGGCGCAGCAACGCCAGGAUUCCUGGUUCCGGCACUCGAUGCCGCCGGCCAUUAACCGCGAUUUCGAAUCCCUGGAGCACCUGACGCCCCGCGCCUCGGAUGGCCUGGAUGAGCAGCUGGCCGCCUCCGUGUCGCAUAGUGUCCAUAGUGGUGGCAGCGUAACGCUUUGUGGACCAACGGAUCACACCAGCAUCCACCUGAACAGUGCCAACAGCAACCUGGGCUUCAUCGACUCGGACACGCCCAAUACCCCGGUGACCCCGAUCUCUGGUCUACAGCCGCCAGCCUCCGUGUCCACCUCUGCGGCGGGGACUCUCUCCUCCCGUCGACGGUCGUCCAACCGCAAGGACUCCAAGGGCUCCAUCCUAUCACGGCAGAGCGGCAGGAGUCGGGUUUCUGUCCUGGCCCAUCGGGGCCUGCGAAUGACCGCCUCAUUGCUGCGAAGGAAGCGCACAGAGUACGAAGAUGAUGAGGACUUCACCUCGUCCGCCGGCUACGAUGCAGAUGAUGGGGAGAGGCGUGUCAUAAUUAUUAAUGGGCCACAGCCCUCUAAAUACUGUAAUAAUCGCAUAACGACGGCGAAAUAUAGUUUUAUCAGCUUUUUGCCCGCGUUCCUGUUCGAGCAGUUUCGGCGUUAUUCGAACUGCUUUUUCCUGCUAAUUGCCUUACUGCAACAAAUCCCGGAUGUAUCGCCGACGGGUCGAUACACCACCUUGGUGCCGCUGAUGUUUAUCCUGUCGGUGAGCGCCAUUAAGGAGAUAGUCGAGGAUAUUAAACGACAUCGAGCAGAUAAUGAGAUCAAUCAUCGAUUGAUCGAACGCCUGGAUAGUGGCUCCUGGAACACAGUGCGUUGGUCCGAGCUGACAGUGGGCGAUAUCAUAAAAGUGGGGAUCAACACCUUCUUCCCCGCCGAUCUGAUUCUCCUGUCGUCCAGUGAGCCGCAAGCCAUGUGCUUCAUAGAGACGGCCAAUCUGGAUGGUGAGACGAAUCUGAAGAUCCGGCAGGGACUGCCAGCCACUGCUGGACUGCUAGAGACGAAGGACCUGCAGCGACUGGAGGGCAGGAUCGACUGCGAGCUGCCCAACCGGCAUUUAUACGAGUUUAAUGGGGUUUUAAAGGAGACCGGAAAGCAACCUGCUGCUUUGGGCAAUGAUCAGGUGCUCCAACGCGGUGCCAUUCUAAGAAACACGGCUUGGGUGUUCGGAAUUGUGGUCUACUCCGGCCAGGAGACGAAGCUGAUGAAGAACUCUACCUCGGCACCAUUAAAGCGCUCCACCGUAGACAAGCUGACCAACACCCAGAUCCUCUUGCUGUUCAUGAUCCUCAUCUCGCUGUGCAUCACCAGCGGUCUGUGCAACCUGUUCUGGACGCGGGAACAUUGGGAAACGGACUGGUACCUGGCGCUGAGCGACUUCAAGACCAGGAGCCUCGGCUACAAUCUGCUUACCUUCUUCAUCCUGUACAACAACCUUAUCCCUAUCUCGCUGCAAGUGACUCUUGAGCUGGUGCGAUUCCUCCAGGCCAUCUUCAUCAACUACGACAUCGAGAUGUACCACGAGCAGUCCAACACGCCGGCCAUGGCCCGCACAUCUAAUCUGAACGAGGAGCUGGGCAUGGUCAAGUACAUAUUCUCGGACAAGACGGGCACACUCACGCAGAACGUGAUGGAGUUCAAGAAGUGCUCCAUCGCCGGUUAUGUCUACAAAACCGAGCGCACGCCGGAGGAAUCGCAGCUGGUGCAGAAUAUCCUGGGUCGCCAUCAAACGGCCGCAGUGAUCGAGGAGUUUCUGGUGCUGCUGUCCGUGUGCCAUACGGUUAUACCCGAGCGCAAGGAGGACGGCACCAUAAUCUACCACGCCGCCAGUCCGGAUGAGCGGGCGCUGGUGGAGGGUGCCCAGAGAUUUGGCUACAUUUUCGAUACGCGCACACCGGAGUACGUGGAGAUCAAUGCUCUGGGCGAGCGGAAGCGGUACGAGGUGCUGAAUGUCCUGGAAUUCACCUCCACGCGGAAGCGCAUGUCGCUGAUUGUACGGACGCCGGACAACAAGAUCAAGCUAUUUUGCAAGGGAGCGGAUACAGUGAUCUACGAGCGGCUGGCUCCCCAGGGUCAAGCUUUCCGAGACCAGACGUUGCGGCAUUUAGAGGAGUUUGCCUCGGACGGUUUGAGGACCCUAUGCCUGGCGGUGGCUGAUAUACGGCCGGAUGUGUACCAGGAGUGGCGCCAGACCUUCCACAAGGCCUCGGUGGCGAUGCAGAAUCGGGAGAGCAAGCUGGAGGAUGCGGCCAACCUGAUUGAGAAUAAUCUCCGUCUAUUGGGUGCCACGGCAAUCGAGGAUCGGUUGCAGGAUGGUGUGCCGGAAACGAUUGCUGCCCUGCUGGACGCUGGCAUCUAUAUUUGGGUGCUCACCGGCGACAAGCAGGAGACGGCCAUCAACAUUGGCUACUCCUGCCGGCUGAUCAGCCACUCCAUGGACAUCAUUAUCCUCAACGAGGAGAGCCUUGAUGCCACCCGUGAAGUCAUUCAUCGUCAUUAUGGAGAGUUCAAGAGCUCGUCGGCCAAGGACGCAAAUGUGGCACUGGUCAUCGAUGGCACCACCCUAAAAUACGCCUUGAGCUGCGACCUGCGCAACGAUUUCCAGGACUUGUGUCUCCUAUGCCGGGUGGUCAUUUGCUGUCGAGUGUCGCCCAUGCAAAAGGCCGAGGUGGUCGAGAUGGUCACCCAGAGCACGAACGCAGUGACCCUGGCCAUCGGUGAUGGAGCCAACGACGUGGCCAUGAUCCAGAAGGCGAACGUGGGCAUCGGAAUAUCUGGAGUGGAAGGUCUACAGGCGGCUUGCGCCUCGGAUUACUCUAUCGCCCAGUUUCGCUAUCUACAGCGAUUGCUUCUGGUUCAUGGGGCUUGGAACUACGCGAGGAUCUCUAAGCUGAUCCUGUACAGCUUCUAUAAGAACGUGUGCCUGUACGUCAUUGAACUGUGGUUCGCCCACUACUCCGGGUGGUCGGGUCAGAUCCUCUUUGAGCGCUGGACCAUCGGUCUUUAUAACGUGCUCUUCACGGCCAUGCCGCCGUUUGCAAUGGGACUGUUCGAGAAGUUCUGUACGGCGGAGACGAUGCUUCGAUAUCCGAUGCUCUACAAAACCUCGCAAAAUGCGAAGCUAUUCAACGUGAAGGUGUUCUGGAUUUGGAUAUUCAAUGCGCUGCUGCACUCGGUGUUUCUCUUCUGGCUGCCUCUGGCCGCCUACUCGAGCGAGGUGAUCUGGGGCGAUGGCAAGACCAGUGACUAUCUGUUGAUGGGCAACCUGGUGUAUACGUAUGUGAUCGUAACGGUUUGCCUGAAGGCCGGACUCAUCACGAAUUCUUGGACCUGGCUGACGCACCUGGCCAUUUGGGGCUCCAUAGUCCUGUGGUUCGGAUUCCUGUUGAUCUACAGCCAUGUGUGGCCAACGUUUAAGUUCGCCAGCAACUUCCGCGGCAUGGACAUCCAGCUGCUGUCGACGCCAGUUUUCUAUUUCGGCCUGUUGCUGGUGCCCAUCACCACGCUGCUGGUAGAUGUUAUCUGCAAACUGGUACAUAACACCGUGUUUAAGACGCUCACGGAGGCCGUUCGCGAAACGGAGAUCCGACGCAGCGAUAUCUCCGAAGUGAUGAACGAGCCGCGAUCUUCUGACUCUGGUUUCGGAUACGCCCUCGGCAAGUUGAUAAGAUCCAGCCACGCCCUGCUCUCUCAUGACCAGCGCACCAAUCCGGAGCCAAGGUCCAGUGUGGAGUCGAACCUGCGGGUGGAGAACCUGGAGCUGGAGGUGGACACGGAGCAGCAGCAGCGGAACCGGCAGCGGCAGAAGUGGCGGGGGGUGGACUGACCUUUGCAGAGACCCGGGGUACCAGGACCACCGCCACUUCCCCCACGACGGCCACUCUGCACAUGUGAAGGCUACGCUCCACAUCGAAGGCAAAGCAAAUCGAAUUAUUUUACUAGUGUUAACCUGUAUCUGAUAAGUGUGCAUUGUAUAGUAUCGUAAUACGCAUUCCGAGUGGGACUAUUUCCCGUUUUCGCAUCGAGUACCUACUAAGAACUAUCGAGUUCAUAUCAUAUAUCCAUGUGUAUAUGCUAGGGCUUUAUACAUCGCAUACUGUAUGUGCUAACAAACUAUUUGCCAACUGUGAUAGUGUCUAAGGAGUAGCCAGGAGGUUAGGCACGUAGGAUAGGCCAAUAAUCAGGGAAUGUUCUUUUGUGAGCUGAGUUUUCCGUCAUUCCCAACAAGCUGAGUUACUUUAUGUAUUUUUAAUCGUACCUAUGUGUUAGCUGGAUGUAUAACAUACACUUUUAAGAAACUUGUCAGGUUGUAAAAACGUUAACGAACCCAGUCGCGAAUGUUCCGUUCGAUCCUACUAAACAAUCUAUGAUUAACCAACCGAUAUACAUACUCAUCCCAACGUUAUUGGAAUGUGAUGGUACCCAGAUGAUAUGUAUGUAUCAGUUUUGAAUAUAUGUAUCCCGCACCGUCCACCCCAGCUUGCAUGCUACUUAAUUCGGCCAAUGAUAUAUAUACUAACUCUAUGGCUGCUGAUUGAUUUAAUCCGAUCCGAUAUGAUCCGAUCCGAUCCGCUCUGCACUUAUGUUGUAUGUACUUAUGUUUUAUUUUGUAUUACUCAACACCCAACAAAGCGACUUAACCAAUCACACCCAACACCUACUCGCAGAACCCAAACACACCUAACAAUAACUAAUCACUAUAUAUAAUUUAAUAAAAGUCAAAGAGUCAACAGCAAAA